AUGUCGGGCUUGUUGGAUCAGAUAUUGAUGGAAGAUAUUGCUAGAAACUGUCCCCAGCAGUUUUUGGCGUUCCACAAGUGUAUGGGUGAUCCCCAAGGGUCCAAUUGUGGAACAGAACAGGUCCAAUUGGCUGUAUGCAUCAAGGGCCAAGUUCCUGCUUUUCAAAAAAUUCAAGGCGAAUGUGGAGGAAGACUUCAAGCUUAUGAAGCAUGUUUAAAGAAUGCUAGAGGUGACACCAAACGGUGCGAAGGAGACUUGAAAAUAUUGAGGAAAUGUGCAUUGGGAUCUGUAAGUUAA